CUCAACAUUUGUUCUAGAAUUUGACCAUCAUGGUCGGUGUGAGUACCGGUUUCGAUAAUAAAGCAUUGAUUAACUCACCUCAUAUCUUCAGACAGAUACAAGGGCAACGGAGCGUCGAACAAGCCGGGCUAGCACAGCCAGCACAAUAGAUAAAGCCAGCAGAGCAAGCAUGGAAACCACAGAAACCAUGGAUACUACACAAAGCAUAGUGCCGACAGAAAUUGAAGAAGAACCGGAGCCGACUGCAGAAAUUUCAUGGCCCGUAUGGCAGCUGCCAUACAAAAACUCUGCCAUGGCCCCUUGGAAUAUCACCAUCAGCAGAGACGAUUUUGAGUGUAUGUUGGAAAGUUUUGAAGCUUGGCAUUACAACGAUAUAUGGUCCGUCAAACCUAUGCCUCAAGAGGAAUCCUCCAACACAACACUUGUGCACUUCGCCCGCUACAUGGCCGAGACGCCUGACUACUCCAUCGUAAUACACGCAGGUCUGGAUAGCAGCGGUGAGGAGAAGAUAACUAUUUUAUCUAUCAUAUGGGAAACAAUAGAGACCUUAUGGAGUGCGACAGGCGAACAGAUUUCAGAGGACUACGCCAAACGAGAAGUUGUCCUCUUGUCGCGGCAACAUUUGGUAUGCGAGUUGCCCGGCCUCGAAGAGUUGCAGUACGACGAGUGGUGGCCUAAAUGGGCAGCCUGGAAGAGCCGUAUACUUGCCAGUAUACCAGAUCGUACUAAUACGCAAUCAAAUAAUGUUGAUCCUGAAUGAACUCUGUCUGUGAGCUAUAUUGGAAGUAUACGAAGGUUAAUCUUACUAUUCGCAUAUACAGAGGUGGACAGCUAUAGUCUGGUAGACUCGAUGCAUUGGGUUGAAUUUAACUAGAGCUACAGUAA